AUGCUCUCGACCGUCGACGAUGAUUACCAAAGUCGUAUCGACCAAUCGUCUUCGAGGCUACCUGUCCAGCUGACAUCGUUCUGGAAACCGGUCCAUCCUCUAUGCCGUUGUCGAAAGCACCUAGUACUUGGAAAGAAGGGCAGGUGGCCGACGGCAGAUAGUCGGCUGGGGGCGAACCAUCUCAUCAAUUCCGCGGUGCAACAGAAAUGGACAUUGGGCACGCACAAAGCAUCAAUACAUCGGAGGAAAGGGCAGUUGCGCCAUUCGUGCGAUGCAUUCCGAUUCGCUACCUCUGUAGUUUUGAGUCUAGCCCGAGCCUUCGAGGAAACAACCCACGUUCUCCUUCCAUUUGAAGCGACACCUUCCGCUCUUUUUUGGGCCAGCUGGGAACUUGUGAGUCAUCCGAAGUCUACCCGAUCCAAGAACACUUCAAGAAUCGAUUAUUGGCAGCUCACGCAUCAUAAAGUCAUUCAUCACAUUCAUCCUGCAUACGGUGUCACAUCAAGACAUAAAACGGACUUGGCACACUCAGCGUUCUCAGUCGGAGUUUCAAACAAGAAGCUCAUCCUCUUUCUUCAUGUCGAUCUGGAUCCCUUUUCCUCUACGAGGAAAAGACAUUUUACUCACGACGAAAACCCAAUACAUCGAUAUUAUUCCGCAAUAUUUCCCGCAUUGAAACAUGUUUUUGUGGCUCUCUUAGCGUACUUCAGACACGGUCUGGAUGACGGUAUCGUUGUAACACCUGUCUUCUCGCUAGAAUAUCUCGUCGAUUUUUUCCUGGGGACGCCGGUCGUCAUCUCGUUUCUCUUGCAUCGUGUACCAGAUGGAUGUUACCGGCCCGCCGUCGUGGAUGUUUUUGCGGGAAGCUGUCCAGAACGCAGGGAAAAGGGAAAUCUAACGAUCCGGCGGCAUGAACAGCUCGGACGGGAAGUUCACCAACCUUUAGCGAAACGUUCUGGCUCUGUCCAGGCUUUCGAGAAUCUCCGCGUGAUAAAAUUUCAGAGUCGGCCUGACGCAUCACUCGCUAUUACAGCAUAG